AUGUAUAACAAUAUGGAUAACAAGGUCUGGUCAAUGUGGAUAACAAGGAGUGAACCUACAACAAACGGAGUAUUAAAUGGUCAUGUCCAUCAUCAUAAUUCAUUAAAUUCACAACAUCAACCACAACAACAGCAACAACAACUACAAAAUCAUAUCAACUCAGGUGCAGGAUUGCAACCUGCAUUUACAUCAAAUAAAAUGGAUUCAUAUCGUAAAACUCCCUUCUCAUCUAACUCAGGGUGGUCACAAUAUGGUGGUAGAAAAGAUUCAGGCAAGCAGAUUGCUCCUGUUUCUAUAACUACAACUAAUACUUCACCUUCAACAAUGACUUCACCUACCCAACCUAUUAGUAUGAAAGAUUUUAUCAAUUAUGAAGCAGAUGCAGUUUUCAGCCAAUCACCACCAACUAUACCAAAGUAUAAACAAUCAAUAAGUCUGCCCAUGUCACCAACAUCAUCAGAAAGAUCAUUCUCUAUACAAAGACAGCCAUUAAGUCCAGGAAGCCACCAAAAUCCAGCCAUGUCUGGUUCCUAUGAAAGAGCUACUAGGCCUUUAGGUACAACAUUGUCUAUGCAUGACUCCUCAUGUUGA